GGCGGGGCUCGCGGGCCCGGCCCCCCUCGCGGGUCCCGGCGCGGCGAGGGGCGCGGCGCCUUUGUUGCGGCGGAGGCCGGGCGCCGCCCGCGCCGCAGCGGCCUUUUUGUGUGCAGAUGGUGGACGCGGGCGGCCGCGCGGCCGGGGCGGGCCGGCGGAGGAUGGAGGCCGCGGCCGACGGCGCCGUGGACAUCGUGCCCCUGGAGCGCUACGACUCGGCCCGCGCCAAGAUCGCGGCCAACCUGCAGUGGAUCUGCGCCAAGGCCUACGGCAUCGAUGACGUCCCCGAGGACCUCAGGGACCCCUUUUACAUUGACCAGUACGAGCAGGAGCACAUCAAGCCGCCCGUCACCAAGCUCCUGCUGUCCAGUGAGCUGUACUGCCGUGUUUGCAGCCUCAUCCUCAAGGGGGACCAGGUGGCCGCCCUACAGGGACACCAGGCUGUCAUCCAAGCCCUGUCCCGGAAAGGGAUUUACGUGAUGGAGAGUGACGACACCCCCGUGACGGACCCCGACCUCAGCCACGCGCCCAUAAAGAUGAGCGCCCACAUGGCGAUGGUGGACGCCCUCAUGAUGGCCUACACCGUGGAGAUGAUCAGCAUCGAGAAGGUGGUGGCCAGCGUCAAGCGCUUCUCGACAUUCAGCGCCUCGAAGGAGCUUCCGUAUGACCUCGAGGACGCCAUGGUGUUCUGGGUGAACAAGGUAAACCUUAAAAUGAGGGAGAUAACAGAAAAAGAGGUGAAGUUAAAACAGCAGUUGUUGGAAAGCCCAGCUCACCAAAAGUCCCCCUCCAAGUGGUACUGGAAGUUAGUGCCCGUGCGCUAUCGCCGAGAGCACCUGUCCGCCCGGCAGCCGCCCUACUUCCCGUUGUUGGAGGACCUGAUGCGCGACGGCAGUGACGGGGCCGCGCUCUUGGCUGUGGUCCACUACUACUGCCCAGAGCAGAUGAAGCUGGACGACAUAUGCCUGAAGGAGGUCACGUCCAUGGCCGACAGCCUGUACAAUAUCCGGCUUCUGAGAGAGUUCGCCAACGAGUACCUCAACAGAUGCUUCUAUCUCACGCUGGAGGACAUGCUCUAUGCUCCCCUCGUGCUGAAGCCGAACGUUAUGGUUUUCAUCGCCGAGCUCUUCUGGUGGUUUGAGAACGUCAAACCGGAUUUCGUCCAGCCCAGGGAUGUUCAGGAACUGAAGGACGCUAAAACAGUGUCACACCACAAGAGCAGUCGGCCUCCCGUUCCCAUUUCCAACGCCACCAAGCGCAGCUUCCUGGGCAGCCCCGCAGCGGUGAGCCCCGCCGACGCGCAGCUGCCCACGCAGCCGCCAGCUGAGGGCGGCCACAGGCACCGCGUGCACGACGAGCCUGAGCAUCUGGGGAAGGGGGCUUCUGCCUUCAGUCCGUCCCAUCCUUUACUGCCUCUGAGACAGAGACAGCAGAAGGCCGUGCAGGGGGAGGGUCCGCCCGAUCAGAGACACCGGUCCAGUUCUUUAACCCGAGUCGACGCUCAGCCCCGCGGUGCAGCACUAGCGUGGUCGGAAAAAAAGAACAGGCCUGUGUCUCAGCCGGCACCUUUCGCUCUCCAUCACGCCACCAGCUGUGACAUGGACCCCGGCUCCAGUGACAGCGUCAGCCUGGCCCGCUCCAUCAGUAAGGAUAGUCUGGCUUCCAAUGUCAUUCACCUGACGCCGCAGAACCAGCCACAGCCCACGGGGCUGAAGACCGAUGGGAAGAGCCUUCUGAACAAUGUGGAUAUAGAGGAUGAGGAGGCAGAGCUGGUGGCCGUCAUUAGGACGGAUGUGGCGCCCCACUGUGGUGACCGGAGCCUGCCCCCAAGCGCCAGGUCUCCCCAGAGGCUGGCGGAUGCCCUAGAAAGUACGCCUGACAGUUUCUUCCUGGAGCCGUUGAUGCCGGCCGUGCUUCGGCCCGCCAAAGAGAAGCAGGCGAUUGCCAAGGAGGAAGAGUACGGGGAGGGGCGGCCGCGGAGCUUCACGUCCAAGAGGCCCAGCGAGGGCCACCAGCCCCUGGUGCGCAAGAGGGCGCCCAGCAGUCACGGUGUUCGUGACCUGAGUAGGACUUUCACCCCUAUCUCCUGUGCGGAACUCCCUGUGGGCAUGGAGCCCGCGCCCACCGAGCCGGGGCUGCCGGUGGCCGGGGACGCCCGUGGUGGGCUCCUGGGCAGCGGUGGUUUCAAUCUGUUACCUCAGGGGCAGACUGCCGAUGGCUUCUUCCUUCACGUCACCAGAGCCGAUGAGGACCCCGAGGGCAGGUUCUGCGUCAGCUGUGCCCGGAGCCCCGGUGCCCACGAGCCCGAGCCGUGGGCCAUCCUGAGGCAGGACUCAGACUCGGACGUGGCAGACCUGGAGGAAGCGGAGCAGGAUUUCGUGGGCGAGGACCCCCCCGUGGUGACGGCCAGGUGUGUCGGGGAGGAGGAGUCCGCCAAGCUGCAGGAGGACAUGAAGGGGAAGGAGCACGAGGACAAGGAUGAUGCCAGCGGCCGCUCGAGCCCGUGCCUGAGCACGGUGUCUCAGGUCAGCAGCGUCUCCGUGGCCAGCGGCAGCGUGAAGAUGACCAGCUUCGCGGAGCGCAAGCUGCAGAGGCUGAACAGCUGCGAGACCAAGUCGAGCACCAGCAGCUCCCAAAAGACCACGCCCGACGCGUCCGAGAGCUGCCCGGCCCCUCUGACCACGUGGAAGCAGAGGCGGGAGCAGAGCCCGAGCCGGCAGAGCCGGGAGCACGCCAGCCUCCUGGCUUCCGAGCUGGCGCAGCUGCACAUGCAGCUGGAGGAGAAGCGCCGGGCCAUUGAGACGCAGAAGAAGAAGAUGGAGGCCCUGUCGGCCCGGCAGCGGCUCAAGCUGGGCAAGGCCGCCUUCCUGCACGUGGUCAAGAAGGGGAAGGCGGAGGGCGCGCCCCCGCCACGCAAGCCGGACGCCCUGUUGGGAGAGUUCGCCCAGCACAACGGCGAGGCCUUCGACGGCGAGGUCUGUAAGUCGGAGGAGCUGCUCCUGAAGGACGAGGGCCGGGAGGGCGUCCUGGUGUCUCCAGACGUGGACGCGGGCGGCCUGCUUCUCCUGCAGCCGCCCAGAGCAAAGGUCCCUGCCGCGCUGCCCGAGCUGGAGAAGAGCAAGGCGCUGUCCGCCGCCCUGCUGGAGGACGCCGGCGAGGCGCUGGACGUGAGCGAGGGUGACCUGUCCAUCGAGAAGCUGAACGAGACCAUCAGCACGCUGCAGCAGGCCAUCCUGAGGAUCUCGCAGCAGCAGGAGCAGCUGCUCAUGAAGCCCCCCGCGGUCCCGGGCCCGAAGCAGAACGCCCAGGACCAGAAGGUCAGGGCGGCCAUCCACUUCGUGGAGCCGCUCUCUCCACCCGGGACGACAGGUCACCGCAAGCCUCCCCGCCUUGGGCAGGGUCGGAACUCCCGCUCAGGCAGGCCGGCUGAGCUCAAAGUGCCCAAGGACAGACAGCAGACUUCCUCCCGCAGCAAGACCCCCACGCCCAGUAGAGAGACCCUCCCUCACCUGCGGCCUUUCCCCGCUCGGCCCCCCUCCGACCCGGGCUGGGACAGUGUUGCGGAGCCUGGAAACGAGGCUCACGACAGAUGCCUCUUUGACAGCCACAGGCUCCACGAUGAAGACAACCAGCGGACUUUUGUCUUGCCCCCUUCCAAAGACACAAACAUCCUCUCGGAACAGGCGGGCCUCAAAGAAGUUCUGGGUAGCAGUGUGGAGGAGGCGGCGCUCGGCUCCCCGGCUGUGUCCGGGAAAGAGAACGUCCCUGCGGACGAGCCCCCAAGGAGCAAGGCCAGUCUCAUCGAGGUGGACCUCUCGGACCUGAAGGCCCCUGACGAGGAUGGAGAGACGGAGGGUCCCCAGAGCUCGGCGGACCUCGCCAGCGAAGGCGAUCAGAAACCGGGGGUCGGCUUCUUCUUCAAGGACGAGCAGAAGGCGGAGGACGAGCUGGCCAAGAAGCGGGCGGCCUUCCUCCUGAAGCAGCAGCGCAAGGCCGAGGAGGCGCGCGCGAGGAAGCAGCAGCUGGAGGCGGAGGUGGAGCUCCGGAGGGAUGAGGCCCGGCGGAAAGCGGAGGAAGACCGGGUCCGAAAGGAGGAGGAGAAGGCGCGGCGGGAGCUCAUCAAGCAGGAGUACCUGCGCCGGAAGCAGCAGCAGAUCUUAGAGGAGCAGGGGCUGGGCAAGCCCAAAGCCAAGCCCAAGAAGCCGCGGCCCAAGUCCGUCCACCGUGAGGAGUCGUGCAGCGAUGCGGCGACCAAGUGCUCCUCAACCCCCGACCACCUGAGCCGGGCCCAGUCGGGCUCUAGCCUGUCCCUGGCCUCUGCGGCGACCACCGAGCCCGAGAGCGUGCACUCGGGGGGCACGCCUUCCCAGCGAGUCGAGUCCCUGGAGGCCUUGCCUACACUGAGCCGUAACCCCAGCCGGAGCACAGAUAGAGACUGGGAGACGGCGUCUGCAGCGUCCUCUCUCGCGUCCGUGGCCGAGUACACAGGUCCCAAGCUCUUUAAGGAGCCCAGUAGCAAGUCAAACAAACCGAUCAUUCACAACGCUAUCUCUCACUGUUGUCUGGCUGGAAAAGUGAAUGAACCUCACAAGAAUUCAAUAUUAGAGGAGCUGGAGAAGUGCGACGCCAAUCACUACAUCAUCCUGUUCCGGGACGCCGGCUGCCAGUUCCGAGCGCUUUACUGCUACUAUCCCGACACCGAGGAGAUCUACAAGCUGACCGGCACGGGCCCGAAGAGCAUCACCAAGAAAAUGAUCGACAAGCUGUAUAAAUACAGCUCAGACCGAAAACAGUUUAACCUGAUCCCAGCCAAAACCAUGUCCGUUAGCGUGGACGCUCUCACUAUUCAUAACCACUUGUGGCAGCCCAAGCGGCCCGCGGUGCCAAAGAAGACCCAGACUCGUAAAUGACAGCGGCGCCAGCGGACGGGUCCGAAGGGUGUGUGGACAGGAUCGAUAUUUAUUAUUUUCAUCCGUUUGGGUACGAAGUGUGCAUAGUCACAGACCCUUUCCAGAGAGGCUUCCAGCGAAACCACAGAAAACCGUCCCUUGGCUCCCAGCGCACGCACAGGACGCCGGGCGGAGGACGAGGCACCCCGCUGAGUGGCUCAUGGAGGCCGCGGCCACUGUUGGCCAGGGAGGGUCAGACGAGGGGUACGCGUGUCGUGAGGUCUCCAGGCUGUGGAUCCCUUUACUUGAAGUUCUCCUUCGGUGUGAAUGGAAAGUGAUCUUCGCUUUCUCACCUCCUGCCCCCCGCCACGUGACCUCACACCCCUCGUGCUGGAAUCCCAGGAGAUGGCGGGCCGAGGCUCGGUCUCGGGUCGGGGUUUGAAUGUGUUUAGGAAAGGGAUUUGAAUUGGGGGAAUCUUGUUCAUUUGAGAAACUGUAUGAUAUUUAUUGAUUGUGUCUACUGCCAAUGUUCAUAUCCAGUUCUAAGAUUUCUGAAAAAAAUUCUUGUUCUUUGCUGCUCAGACAACGUUUACUGAAAAUACCAGUUCACUAAAAGCACUGAAAAUCUGCAAAGUCUGUCUUCUGCUAGGACGACGUUUACAGACGUGGCGACGCUGCUUGCUGGCACACGAUCGCGCGGUGGCGAGCGGUUCCGCCGGCCGGCGGCUGCCUGACUGCAGAUGCGCAAGCCGAGCAGAUGCCAGCCCGCGCUCGUGGCGUUUUGGGUAGUUCUCUAAUGAUUUGUUCACUUUAAUAAAGACAGAUUUUGGUAACGUAGAAUAUUUUCCACUCUGAGCAUGUUUCUCUCGAGAGCUGAUGCACUUAGGCUGACGGGUCCCGCAGUGGCGUUGCGAUGUCCCGACUUGUCCACCCCGAGUCUGGCUUCUGCAGGGCAGCGCGCCCUGAGAGGACUGUGCGGGGCUCCGUUCAGACUGGCCGUUCUGUGCUGUUGCAUAUUUACAAACAAUGUAAGUGGUUAUUUGCAGUUAUCUUGGAACUCCAAGCAAGCGAGACGGCUUUGGAUUCUGUCCGUGUUGGCGCAGAUGGUCGUCCGCGCCUCUCCCGACCGCAGGCUCCCGGGAGACAGGUGCACCCGGUCCCCUGGCCUUCACGCAGCUGCAGUCCUGCUGAUGCUGUGUGACUGACCAGCUGCUCUGAGCCUUGAUCCGAGCCAAGUGCCGGAACAUUCUGGAGUCGCGCGUGUUAGUUUUGCACAUGUUUUCUUGGGAGUAUUACUUGAAUCUAUCUCGAACUGCGGAAGACCCUUCGGAUCAAUGGGAAAAGUCAGACCCUUGUCCCUGCUCCCUAAUUUGCAGAAGGAUGGAAGGUAAGUGAGUUCUGUACCCGGGGAAGGAGGGAACCGGCUACAGAACACGGGAAGGAACUGUGAGCCUUCUUCCCGCCGCCUCCCGUCGGCGCCCUCCGCCCUCCGAAGACCCCAGGUUCGUACGUCCUGUGUUAGCCGCGGCUCCGUCCUGGGAGCCUGGGAGCGCGUCGUGGGGCUGCGGGAUUCUGGAAGUGGAGUGCGAAGGGGUUUGCAGUGGACUUCUUGUCCCCGUGCGUUUCACUCGUGGGCUUUGUUUCUCCUUGUACGUUUGAUCUUCUACUGUUCUAUUUAUUUUAAGAGAUCACUAAGAUGUAAUAAAGUAAUGAACUAAUUUGCUUUCUGUUAGUCA